UAAAGGCCGGGAUCUUCACCCUUUUCCUGAUGACAGCGGAGAGAGCUGGCUGCCAGUUGUUCCUCUAACAUCACCGACACACAGCCAGAGAAGCAGCACGACAACAACAUGAGAAUUCUACUAUCUCCCUUAGUGUUGGUCCUGGCUGCUGCCUGUGUCCCUGCCCUCUGUGGCAGAGAGGAGCAGCCAGUCCUCCAACUUGAGGCCCCGGCUGAAACUCGCUCCCGCUUUGCAGCGCUGGAUGAUGUGCGUCUUCUGGCGAACGGCCUCCUGCAGCUGGGUCAGAGCCUGCGGGAGUUUGUGCAGAAGACAAAGGGACAGAUAAAUGACAUCGUCCAGAAGCUCAACAUCUUCGACCGCUCGUUCUACCAGCUCUCAGUGCUCGCCAGUGAAAUUAAAGAGGAAGAGGAGGAGCUGAAGAAGACCACUGUGGUACUGAAGGCCAAUAAUGAAGAGAUCAGGGGCCUGUCUGUUGAGAUCAACUCUAAAGUGGAUAGCAUCCUGCAGGAGAAGAGUCGCUUACAGAGCAAGGUGGAUGGCCUGGAAGAGAAGCUCAGCAGCCUGUCACAUGGUAUGGUGACAAGCGAACACGUAGCUGAGAUCAACAGCCUCAGGGAGGUGAUCCAAAGCCAGGAGCGGAGCAUCAUAGAGCUUCUGAAUGCUGUGAGGGAGCAGAGUGACCAACUCAAUCACCAAAGAGUGAAGAUCAAGAGUCUGGAGGAAAAGUUAACGGUCAACACGUUGCCUCAAGAGACCAUUGAGAGGAUGCCUGAAACGUUCAACAGUGAGGCACCAACACUUGCCCCUUAUCUGACCUCGAGCUCUGCCAGCACCCCCGACAUGACGAAUCUGCCAUCAGACUGCAGCGACCUGUUCAACAGAGGGGAACGAGUCAGUGGCGUCUAUGCCAUCAGACCCUCUGGAGCGGAGCCCUUCAUGGCUUUUUGUGACAUGGGCAAAGAUCAUGGAGCAACAGUCAUCCAGCGAAGGAGGGACGGUUCAGUGAAUUUUGAUCAAACCUGGGAGAAGUAUGAAAAUGGGUUUGGAGAUUUUCAAGGGGAGUUUUGGCUGGGUCUCAGGAAGAUCCACGCUCUCGCCGCUCAGGGCAACUCUGUCCUUCACAUCCAGCUGGAAGACUGGAAACAGGGCAGGCGCUUCAUCGAAUACAGAUUCCACCUUAAUGGUCCUGAGAGCAACUACACCAUUCACCUCACGCAUCUGUCUGGAGAUUUGCUGGACCCCAUGAGCAACCACACAGGCAUGAUGUUCUCCACCAAGGACAGAGACAACGACAACCUCCAGGACUCCAGCUGUGCGCACAACUACACAGGUGGAUGGUGGUUCAACGCCUGCGGAGACACCAACCUUAAUGGGAGAUAUUUCCACAUGAGACCUAAGGGGCGCUCAGAGCGUAGGAGAGGGAUUCAAUGGAGGACAGGCCAAAGGGCCUCUUACACCCUGAAGCACACACAGAUCUCUGUGCACCCUGUGGCUUCCCCCAGGAUCAUCUCCUCCAUGUCAGCGUCCUCUGAGACAGGCGUCUUUCUGUGAUCCAGCUGCAGCAUUCUCCAGUGAUAAUACUGCAUGUAUUAGUGGCCUCUAAAGGAGAGCCUGGUACGGUGGCCCGGACAGCUCAACACACUGCAAAUUAAGUAAAGACAUGUAUAUAGACACAACACAUGCAAAAAAAGAAACAUCGAACACACAGAAACAUCAAUACAUUUACGAAAAGCACUGCAAGACAACAGAAACUGUUUCCAAGACACACUAAAAAGUGACGUGCAUAGUUUGUAGUUUAUGAAGUUUUGCGUCUUUAUGUGAUUCAGAUAUUAACAGCAGUAAACAUAUUAACAGCCAGCGACAGCCGGAAGAAGAUCGUGGAUGCUGCCUUUGUCAAUUAUGCCCCAAAGCUAUGGAACACGCUGCCUAUAGAUAUCAGGGAAGCUAGCUCGCUAAAUAUUUUUAAAAGAAUGCUAAAAAUACAUCUGUUCACUUUAGCCUUUAACUAGCUCAGACUUCCUGAUACAGGUCUGAAAUUAUUUCUGUUUAAGCUUCACGCUGCUGCAACUCUUUUAAAAUCUUACUUGUUUUAUGAUUUGUAGUUUUACAACUCUAUAAUUUUAUUUAUCAGUUCUGUUUUAUGUGCAUUAUGUCUAUUUUCAUGUGAAGCAGUCAGUUCUUAUAAUGCCCUUAUUGUAAAGCAGUUUGUGCUGCAUCUCUUGUAUGAAAGGUGCUAUAUAAAUAAAGUUUAUUAUUAUUAUUAUUAUUAUUAUUAUUAAAACAAGUUCAUAAUCCAUAAACGACAGUAACAAGCGCUGCGUUUCCCAGCCCUGUGCAUUACAUUUUAGCAUCCUCUGCUAACAGUUUGUGUUGUCUUGUGAGCUUCUUGCAGUGCUUUUUCUAAAGUGCUGCAAAUGUGUCACCAAAUUUAUGUUUUCAUGUGUCAUCAAGCCAAUGAAGAUGUUUCUUCAUUUGUUUGUGUUGUGUCUAUUUACAUGUGUUUACAGGCUCUUUGUGUAACAGUGGAGUGGAGUGAUGGCAUUCUGAGCAGAAGUCAUGUUACCUCUGUGUGUGUUGUUAUCCGAGCUCCUCUGUGGUUUGUUGUGGUGUAUCUCACUCGCUAGCUCUUUGCCACUGCUUUGCGCUGCACCCAUAUGGAAGUUGCUGUUGAUUUAGGGACGGCGUCUAUGCGAGACUGUAGCACCAACCCUCUGUUUCCCCCUUGGUUAACUCUGUUAGCUCUAUUGCCUUUGUUUAGCACUGUAUAUGGAGUUAGCACCGUUAGCUGCUAGCCACUGACUCAGCCAUCUCCAUGCUGAGAACUUUGUCCAAACAACUCAUAAGCUCUGAAAUUCGCAUAGAUCCCCUUUAAUUGGCAGUGCAUUGGGCUCUUAGGGCCACCAGUGCUUCCUAUUAGCAGAUAUAGUUUAAGAGGGCUUGUGCAGAGAGGAAGAUGUUUCCUCUGAGUGUCAAGUUCCAGUAGAUGAAGUCACAGUGAACGAUGAUCUCUAAUGUAAUAAAACACUUGUAAUGUGAAAUCUAAAAUAUAUUAUAAUGCAAUUAGCAUACAAUAUGUCUUCACUCACUGUAUCUUAAAGGUCAAAGGUUAUGGAGAAGAAAUUAAAACAUAAAGCCAUGUGUGAGCAGUUUUUAUAUUGGGUCACAUUGACUCUCAGUGUGCAGCAGUGGUUCCCAACAUGGGGGGCAGGACCCUUUGAAGGAGUCGCAAGAUACAUUCAAGGAGUGUAGUUCUGGACUUUUCUGACUCUUAAGUGGUUUGUUGUCUUGUGAAAGACACCAGAGUGGUGGGUCGUGGUCCAAUUAAUCGUUUAAUUUUGCUUAAAUGUAAAGAUCUGAAAAUCACUGGGGGAACUGCUCAUCCUGAGUCGACACUGCUUCCUUUUGAGGGCUCAUGAGGCAAAAACGUUUGGGACCCGCUGCUGUAGACAGCACUCAUUUUUACUUUACAUACACUUUUUUUGAUACACUUGCUAGAUUUUAUUAAUUUAAAUAAAUGAAAGUAUGAUGUAAUGUAUAUAAUAUAAUGUAGUCAUUCAGGUGUGGAUAAAAUGUUCCUGAUAGAACCCUAACUGAGCAACACAAACCUUUCUAAUGUCCUGUGUGUUCUUUUUAUUAUGGGCUGUAGACUGACUGGGGUCCUGGCACUGGUCAGGCACAGAAUGACCUCUCUGUGUCAACUGAGAUUUGGCCCAGAGUCAUGGGUCAAUGUCAUCCUUGAAAUAAAAACACCAACUUUAUUUUGAUGCCAAAGGCUUGUCAAUGAUUAACUUAUGCAUGUUCAAGCUAUUACUGCAUGUCAGAACUUUUAUAAUGUUGCAAUGGGAGUUGGUGAUGCCAAACUCUCUUGUCCAGCUGUUGGAUCCCUGGAUGGACUCUAGAGGGCAGUGUUGUUCUGUCUCACGCAGAUACCUCUCGCUCUGAUUUGACUGUUCUGCAUGUAUUAUUUGAUUUGACAAAUGAUGUUUGUUUUGUACUCAGUCACUUUCUUAAAACCACAUCGUAAUUCAACAUAUGCUUCUGAUGACUCUCUGUGUACACACUCAGCUUUAAUAAAGGGUAAAUACCCCCCUCCUAAAA